AAGAAGAGUAGGAGACUUGAGGUUAGGUUCUUUGUUAUGAAAGAACUUCAAAAAAGUAUUAUAUUGGCAUUGAUUUAUGUGUAAUGUGUGUCAAUCUGUAUUAUAAGAAAAUAAUAUAACAAAAGGAAAGUGUUCGGGGAAAAUAUGUAGCUUGAGAAUAAACAAAUUUUGUGUUGAGUUUUUGUAACUAUGACUGGCCCCACACCAUCUGAUGGGAGCGCCUUAACUUUGGAAAUUGGACCCAUUGAGACUGUUCAUAGAUGGAAACGAAUGCCUGAAUGUGAUGAAUUUGUUGGAGCAAGGAGGAGUAAACAUACAGUGGUUGCUUAUAAGGAUGCCAUAUAUGUGUUUGGAGGUGACAAUGGAAAGAGUAUGUUGAAUGAUCUAUUAAUAUUUGAUGUGAAGGAAAAAAGUUGGGGUAGAGCUAUAGCACAUGGGAGUCCACCAGCUCCAAGGUAUCAUCAUUCUGCCGUUGUCCACAACACCUCCAUGUACGUGUUUGGAGGUUAUACGGGAGACAUCCACUCCAAUUCAAAUCUCACCAACAAAAAUGAUUUGUUUGAGUACAAGUUCCAUUCCGGCCAGUGGUUAGAAUGGAGGUUCAUGGGGAAGACCCCUGUGCCGAGGUCUGCCCAUGGAGCCGCCAUUUUCGAUGACAAGCUUUGGAUAUUCGCCGGUUACGAUGGCAAUGCCAGAUUGAACGAUAUGUGGACCAUAUCACUCACUGGAGAUGUUAGAAGCUGGGAACAAGUUGAACAGAAUGGAGAGAGUCCACCGACCUGCUGCAAUUUUCCUGUAGCCGUUGCCAGAGAUUGCAUGUUUGUUUUCAGUGGCCAGAGUGGGGCCAAAAUAACAAAUUCUCUAUUCCAGUUUCGAUUUAGAGAUAAAACCUGGACGAGAAUCUCGACAGAACACAUUUUGCGGGCCGCCCCCUCGCCUCCCGCCCGUCGUUACGGCCACGCCAUGGUCGCCUUCGACCGGCACUUGUUCGUGUUCGGCGGGGCGGCCGACUCGACCGUCUCCAACGACCUGCACUGCUUCGACUUGGACGCGCGUCGAUGGGCGGUCGUGCCGCCCGACCCCGAGUCCGUCGUGCCCUCGGGGCGGCUCUUCCACGCCGCCGCUGUCGCCGGGGAUGCGAUGUUCGUGUUCGGCGGGACGGUGGAUAACAACGUGCGCAGCGGCGAGAUGUACAGAUUCCAAUUCUCUAGUUAUCCGAAAUGCACGCUUCACGAUGAUUUUGGAAAACUACUUGAGUCAAGACAGUUCUGCGACGUUCAAUUCAUGGUAGGCUCAGAAGGAGAAAAAAUCACAGCUCACUUGGCUCUGGUCGCUGCAAGGUCUGCUCACCUCAGAAGUAAAAUACGACAAGCCAAAGAAAACAGAGACAAACAUUUGGAAAGAUUAUUCGGUACGGUAAAUGUUCCAUUCACCGACAUUCCUCUGUUGGAAGUUAAACUUCCUGACGCUGAGCCAGAAGCUUUCGAAAUGGUCCUCAACUAUAUUUAUACGGAUUGCAUUGACCCCACUAAGAAAAUACAAAAUGAAGAUGAGGAUCCUUUGUCCAACAGGAUCGUCUUGCGCAUGAUGGACGUCUACCGGCUGGCGGUCGAAUUCAAGAUGGCGCGUUUAGAGCACCUCUGCGUGCAAUACCUGAACGCCACCAUUUGCUUGAAGAACGUGCUGGUCGCUCUGCACAACGCCAACCAUCUGCGGCUGGACUUUAUCAAGGAGCACUGCUUGCGCUUCAUCGUCAAAGAAGGGAACUACAACCAGAUCGUCAUGAGUGCGGAGUUCGAGGCGCUCGAUAGGAGUUUGAUGGUGGAGAUUAUCAGGAGGAAGCAGAUGCCGCAGUAUAAGGCUAAUAGCGAGUGCCAAUUCGAUACGACCGGAUGUUCCCUCGAGCAGGACAUGGCCAUGUUCCUGCGAGUCACCGGAAAGGAAUUCUGUGACAUCGAGUUGAACUUGGACGGUACGCUCAUACCUGCCCACAAAACUAUCCUGGCAGCCAGAUGCAGCUAUUUUGAAGCUAUGUUCAGGUCUUUCAUGCCUGUAGACAGUAAAGUGAAUAUCCAAAUAGGCGAAAUGAUCCCCUCUCGCGAAUCCUUCGACUCCCUCUUGCGCUACAUCUACUACGGUGACGUCAGCAUGCCGCCUGAAGAUUCGCUCUACCUCUUCUCGGCCCCGUUCUUCUACGGCUUCUCCAACAACCGGCUGCAGGCUUUCUGCAAGCAGAACCUCGAGAUGAACGUGACCUUCGAGAACGUGGUACAGAUCCUCGAGGCAGCCGAUCGGAUGCAGGCGACCGACAUGAAGAAGUACGCGCUGGAUUUGAUCGUACACCAUUUCGUCAAGGUGGCGAGGCUGCCGAGAUUGAAGCUGCUGAGCAAAGAGCUCAUCCUCGACAUCUUGGAGGUAUUGGCUGACAGCAUGGAGAGCUCCAGGAGCGACACAUCGAGCGCCAUAUUCGAUCCGUGAUCUUCGAUUGAGUGGGAGAAGAAAGAGAAGAAGGAGGAAGAGGAGGUGGCGUCAGCCGAGGCCGUUUUGACAGUCGGAAGGCUAACGGUGACGUUGUUCGCGGUGAUAUCGGUGAUUAUCGACAACGGAUUGGUCGAGAAACUGUUCGUCAAUAGCGGGAAGGAGAGACAGUUCUAAUGAUAUGACAAUAUUUUCAAGAGUUGGACAUUUCUUAUCGUGAAAGUGGCUGCAGAUGAGCCAAAUGUCAAACAAGAAUGAAAUCGACGCAACUGUCAAAAUUAUUGUAUUUUUAUGAGUUGAUAAACGGCAAAUAUAAUUUAUUAGUG